AUGCGUAGCGACACACUCCUACGGCACCAGAAGGAUCAUUCCGAAAACACGUCAACAAGCGCAAUAGAGUUGAAGGAGUAUUCAAACGGCUCUGAAGGAUCAGAGCUUCAGCAGACGCCUCUCCCCACACCGCCUAGCAUGUCGUUGAGUGGUAUAGGGGUGUCAACGUCACCCCAGGAAAAUCUACAAGUGGACUCUCAUGUCAAUGCCGGUCUGGAUAUAAGCUCCCUUGCGUACGAUACUAACCCAACGAGCUUUCAGCAUGUGCAGAAUGACGGUGACGCAUCGAAAUCCGUAUUUCCAAAUGCUUUCUCCACAAACGACAUUACCGCCAAUUUUGAGGUCCCAAUGGACGCCUUCAACUUCGACUUCGAAUCAAAUUAUCCUGCCUGGUUGGUCGAUGGUGAUUUUCAUGCCGGAAUGUUAGAUACACCUCUGGUGACAACCAUGGCUGAGUUGAAACCAGGCUGGCACGAGAGCCCCUACGCUACUAUCAGCACUGGUGGCAACUGCCACGUUAAAUCCGCACCAAGUAUGAAACAUCUGUGGUUCACACCUGGCCUUGAACAAGCAGAAUAUAUUCCAGCAUCGGGAACUGCUACCCCUCUUGCCACACAAGUCGAGGUAGAUGACUCUUACCGGCAGACAUUACAUCAAAGCUUGCUCAUCCGCGCACCUCACGAGCCGACAUUGCCUUCAGCGGACUUCCUGAAUUUAUGCGUUAGAUCAUACUUCUCCAGGUUCCACCCAGUGUUCCCAGUUGUUCAUGCUCCUACUUUUCGUCCUUCUAAAUCCAACUCUAUGGUCUUGUUAUCAAUAUGCUCUGUAGGUAGCCUCUUUACCGGCUCCGUGCACGCCAUCAGACAAGGUGUCCAGAUCUUCGAACGGCUGCACAAGGCUGUGCUUGCCAAUUGGGAUAGGCUUAUCAACCGAGGCAUGGACGAGAAAAUCUCACUUAUCCAGACGGCAAUCAUCGGACAGACCUUCGGCCUACUAUCUGGAGAACCUAAACAUCUUGCAAUCGUGGAUGCGUUCAAUGGUACCCUCAUUUCCUGGGCUCGACGGCUCGGAUCGUUCAGAACGAAAAAAUUACGAGAUCUUGAUCUCAACCUGUCUUCGAAAGACCUCGACUUACAGUGGCGUACCUGGGCAAAGAAUGAAGAGCUCAUUCGAAUAGCACUGAGUGUUCAUAUUCACGACGCUGAGCUUGCUAGCAUCUUCCACCAUGAACCAUUCCUUAGGCACAACUCGAGACAGCUACCAGUUGCGGCUUCACAGCAGACUUUUAUGGCAAGCAAGGCCGAGGAAUGGCGGGUUUCAUAUCUCAAUGACCCAAGUAAUUUCAAUAACAUCGACGUUACUCCUGCGUCGAUCGACGCGAAUGUGGAUUUCGAUAUCUUGGCCAUGCCAAACAACAGCUACUUUACAGCGUACACUGUACUUGAGGGUAUUUGUGUGAAUAUUGCAGAGAAUCGUGUUGGCGCCCACUCCACAAAAACAGGGACGAUCUCCAACCUUCUUACGACAUUUUAUUCGAGGUUCUUGCAGGGUGCAGCUCCAUGGGAAUCAGAUUCCAUGGACAUGACCAUUCUUUGGCACUCUGCAUACAUGUCCAUAUGUGCAGACUUUGACCUUCUGGAAAGAGCAAUAGGUAGAGAUGGUGGCACACUGUCAAACGAGGAUCAACUUGCCGUUACUGCGUGGGCAAACUCGAAACAAGCGCAGAGAUGUGUCAUUCACGGCACGAUAAUUCAGAAGAAACUCGAAAAUCUGCCUCUUGGUUUUGAGCCUGCGAUUCAUGUACCGCGAGCCAUGUUCCGGGCUGGAAUCGCAUGGUUCUGCUACACGAGAUUCGGUAUUCGAGCGGAUGCAGAUCGGACGAUCGUGCCCGAUAAUCUCGACUAUGCAGAAUUCAAGCUGGUGGGUGUCAACCCUGCAGUGCUGUUAUUCCAAGCAAAUGGAUACAAGCAUGGGCGACCUAGUGCGAUGGAGAUCAAUGCAGCCCUCUGUGGUCUUACUGAUCUUUUGAGACGUAUUGGGCACUGGGAAAUAGCUCGAAGAUUUGCUGCCAUUCUGGGAGCUUUGCUUCACAACGAAGCUGGCCAACCACCGUGA